ACUUGGGCUGGCUGGCACGAUGCAGGUCGACUUCGGCGCAGGCCCAGAGUCUGAUCACAACAUCCACUUGACAUCGCAUGCGCACGCCCAUCCUCACUUUGAGCACUCGAGUCACGCCGGCUCGAGCUUCUCCUCCUUUCGCCAUGCCGCCGCACCGCCCAUGGACCCGGCCAUCGACCAAAGCGCAAACCCUUCCCGCAACAACAACAGCAACAGCCACCUCCUCCAGCCCGACAAUGCUGCCCUCAACAGCCCUCACCACCUCACCCACCCCUUCUAUGCCGACAUGUCCCGCGCUUCCCAGACGCCCUCCACCCCAUCCAACUCGUCGCCACGCUUCUCCAACAUCUCUCCCGCCCCGCCUCAGCCCAAGCAACUACCCGCCACGAGCUACGUCCCCACCGACCGACCUGCCCCAUCGCGCCAUGUCUCCGACGAUACUCUGGACGAGGCCUUUGCUGCCUUCAUACUGUACUGCAAUCCCAACUUCGCGACCGAGAUAGAUACCACGGAAUUGAUACGCCAGUUUCGAACACCACCCAAGAGCGACGGCAAGGCAUUUAGCACCUGGUCCCUGUUCGAAUUGAUCCGCAAGUUUGAUGCAAAGGAGAUCAAGACGUGGACACAGUUGGCUUUAGAUCUUGGUGUCGAGCCGCCGGAUACUGAUAAAGGGCAGAGCACGCAGAAGGUGCAGCAGUAUUCUGUGAGACUAAAGCGAUGGAUGCGCGCAAUGCACAUUGAUGCCUUCUUCGAGUACAUGCUCGGUAAACAACACCAGUACUAUCUACAAAUUCCGCCGCCUCACGAUCCUUUUCCAGAAGAUGGCCGUGAUGGCGUGCCUUUGGGGGAGGAUCUGGCCAUCAGAGCUCUCGAUCCAAAAUAUCGACCUAAGCGUGGACGUAGAAAGGCCGACGAAGGAGACGAUGAGCUAGACAUGGUGGAUGCGGAACCGCCACGAAAGCGCCCACAGCUAGAUACCUCGAUUCCCUUUGGCAAUGUGCUCCAGCCUCAAUCAGCAUAUCCAUCAAGCGCACACCCCGACAACAUGGAUGGCUUCUUAGGCGCAAACGACCCAUGGGCAACAUCUGGUAUCACCCCUUCGUCCGCCAUGACCCCGUCACCAAUCCCUGGGAGAAUGAAUACAAACAAAAAUCUCACGCCGUACUCGGCUUCGCCCAUGUCAGGCCAGCACAUUCGAUGGCGUGUGAACACGCAGGACAAUCCCACCACACCGCAUCCUCUUUCUGCCGUGACUCCGCAAUCUGCUCAUCCGGAUUACUUCGAUGAGCCGCAGUCGGCAAUCACGCCUUCUUCCAGUUCCAAACCCCGGGCGAGGCGGCGACAUGGUCCCGCCGUCUCUUCAGCUUGGCCAAGCAAUAAUACUUCAUCCACCGGGAAACUGCGAGGCAGGCCUCCGAGCAAUCGCUCAGUCCGCGACGGGCCCUUUGUGACCUUCCCCGCGAACCCCAAAACGAAGGAAGGCCCGCCCAUAGAGAUGAACAGGACGACUGGUACCCUCACACCGAUAGUAGAGCGUGCUCAAUCCGACCCUCCAGUCGAUCAGCAGCAACAGCAGCAGCAUUUCCGCUUCCCUCCCACCCCAGCCUCUGCCGUUUCCCCUACGACCAUCGACUCGCAGCUGCAACAAAGCGCCCAGCGUCCGCACCGUCUGAGUCUACAAGUUCCAAAGAACGUUGGCAACCCUGUCCACCUCGUAACCCCAACCGUCCUGGUGACCGGAGAAGAAGACCACACACCAAGCACAGCUAUGACCUCUUCGACCGCGCUCAGCACCGACUCGCCGUUCCUACGACACGAACAGUCUCUACGUCGUAAUCAGCAAACACCCCAAUCUCGAUCCCACACCUCCGCUCCCUCACCAUACCACGCGUCUCCUUCCUCGUCCUCAGUAGCAGCAACUACGACACAAACGCACCCUACCUCCGCACCACCGCAAUCCUCAUCUCAAAAGACAUCGAUCGCGACCUCAAAUCAGACAUCCCUCCCCUCUCUACCUCCUGAAUCCCUCAACCGCGCCCUCGUAGCAGAAAUAAUCCGCGCGCCCCUUUCCGGUCGCCGCAAGCGCCUCCGAGGCCACGAAGCUAAGAACCUUGCUGCCGCAAUCUUACAUCCUGUCCUCUCAUCUCCCUCCCCAAACACAAAUACGAGACCCCAGCCCCACCCUCUUCUAGCCCUCACCCUAGCGUCAUGUCUGGGUCUCGCAUCCGGAAUCUCGAACAACAACAACAAUAACGCACCUGGAACUGGAAACGGCAACAGCAACGGAAGUCUAGCAAGUCUCCUAGGCCCGCACGCCCCCAAAGGCGGGAUCCGCAAAAUCGAAUGCGUGCGGUUCCGCGUCGGCAGGGACGGCUACGAAUCCCCGCUCGACGAAGACGACUCCGACGACGAUGGUCCGGCGACGAACGAAGCGGCGCGGGACGCGGACAUUGCCUCCGAAGCACACAACAGCAACAAACACUCGUCUUCUACGACCAGGCGCGGUGCAGGCAGCAGGAUCAGAGAAUCCUUCGACAUCUUCUUUUCUGUCGCGUUUGGUGGCGCGUCGACUUCUGCGACGAUGGGGUCCGGGUUGACGGGGGAAUGGGUCGUUAGGGGGCUUUCUAGGCUUCCUGUUCCAUCUCCUUCUUCUGGUGCUACUACGGUUGCGCAGCGACAUGUCCGUGACGACGACGAUGGUGAUCUCGAGUUCGAGGGCGAUGGCGAUGACGGAGAUGACGAUGAUGCUGAGGUCUGGAAAGCUAGGUUUUUGGAGGCGAGGCGCAGGUUGAGGGAGAAGAGUGAUGAGGUUAGGGCUGUUAGGGAUAGGGUGUUGGAUGCGGCGCUGCUUGGGUGA